AUGGAUGGAGGGAAUCACUCGGUUGUGUCUGAGUUUGUGUUUCUGGGACUCACCCAUUCAUGGAAGAUCCAGCUUCUCCUCCUGCUGUUCUCCUCUGUGCUCUAUGUGGCAAGUAUGACUGGAAACAUCCUCAUUGUGUUUUCUGUGACAGCCGAUCCUCACUUACAUUCCCCCAUGUAUUUUCUCUUGGCUAGUCUUUCCUUCAUUGACUUGGGAGCCUGCUCUGUCACCUCACCCAAGAUGAUUUAUGAUCUUUUCAGAAAGCAUAAAGUCAUCUCCUUUGGAGGUUGCAUUGCCCAAAUCUUCUUCAUCCACGUUGUUGGUGGUGUGGAGAUGGUGCUGCUCAUUGCCAUGGCCUUUGACAGAUAUGUUGCCAUUUGUAAGCCUCUCCACUACUUGACCCUCAUGAGCCCACGCAUGUGUGUUUUGUUUCUGGCUGCUGCCUGGGCCCUUGGCAUCAGUCACUCACUGUUCCAACUCGCAUUUAUUGUUAAUUUACCCUUCUGUGGUCCUAAUGUGUUGGACAGCUUUUACUGUGACCUCCCACGUCUCCUCAGACUGGCCUGUACAGAUACUUACAAAUUACAGUUCAUGGUCACUGUCAACAGUGGGUUUAUCUGUGUUGGCUCUUUCUUUAUACUCCUCAUCUCCUACAUCUUGAUCCUGUUUACUGUUUGGAAACAUUCCUCAAGUGGUUCAUCUAAAGCCCUUUCUACCCUAUCAGCUCACAUCACUGUGGUCCUUUUGUUCUUUGGUCCAACCAUGUUUGUCUAUACAUGGCCACACCCCAAUUCACAGAUGGACAAGUUUCUUGCUAUUUUCGAUGCAGUUCUUACUCCUUUUCUGAAUCCAGUCAUUUACACAUUCAGGAAUAAAGACAUGAAGGCAGCAAUGAAGAGAGUAUGCAGUCAGUUAGUGAUUUAUAGGAAGGUCUCAUAA